CGCGCCAUGUCCACGCUCUUCCCCUCGCUCUUCCCGCGCGUCACCGAGUCCCUCUGGUUCAACCUGGACCGGCCCUGCGUGGACGAGAACGAGCUGCAGCAGCAGGAGCAGCAGCACCAGGCCUGGCUGCAGAGUAUUGCCGAAAAAGACAAUAAUUUGGUCCCUAUAGGAAAACCUGCCUCCGAGCAUUACGAUGAGGAGGAAGAGGAGGAUGACGAAGACGAUGAAGACAGUGAAGAGGAUUCCGAGGACGACGAGGACAUGCAGGACAUGGACGAGAUGAACGAUUAUAACGAGUCCCCGGACGAUGGGGAGAUCAAUGAGGUGGACAUGGAAGGAGCUGAGCAAGACCAAGACCAGUGGAUGAUCUGACCCGGCUGCAUCUUGACCAGGUUAAAGGCUGCUGGCGUCCGCUGGAGCUGAAAGAGGGUAGGAGAGCUCUCCUUUCUGGCUUGGCAUUGCCUACGGGCAUCAGAUGGGACGGCUCGUCAGCACAGGGUCUGAUGAACAGCAGCACUUGGAAGCCCUGGUUAGGGAAGUGUCCCUACUGCUGUCUGUCUCGUGAUUAUUUUGUGAACAGAAUCUGGCUCAGCCUCAGGCCCCACAAUGGAGCCAGCUGGAGAGAAGCUUUCGGUCUCAGCGCCUGCCCAUGUUACCUGCGCCAGGGCAGCUGCUGUUAACGUACAGCUCUACAUGGGAUCACGGGACGACCGGGGUGGGACAGAGCAGCCGGGGCUGGCUUUGUGCGUCUCUGGCGCUCACAGAAAUGUGGGGGGUUUCCAAUAAAUAACACUUCAAAACAAUUCUUCGAGGUUUUUUAAUAGUAGUAUUACAGUAGCACCUGGAAGUUCGCCCAGGAUUAAGGCCCCAGUGUGCUGGAUGCUGUACGUAUAUUUAGUAAGAGACCGUCUCUGUCACUUCAUAUAAAGGGGCAUCGCCCUAGCAUAGAGCCAGUGACCCAGGGAGCCGUUCUCAUUUCACCUAAUGGAGAGUAACCGGGAUGCUCACCUGUCAUUUCAUUCCCAAAGUGACACAUCAGAGAGCGCUUUACAAACCCCACUGUAACGUCAGUCUAUCGCACUGGGCCCAGGAAGUCCCCGGCGGCCAGGCAGUUUAGCUCAGCAAUAAGUGGCCCGUCAGUGGCUUUGUUACAGUCCAAAAAACAGACAAAACCAACAUGUUUCUCAUGGGUUGGCUCACACGGCCACAUCUGGUCAGCAGCCUUUGCAGUCAGGAUGCCCUGAGAUAGGCCCCCGAUUGCCGUGAGGCAGGAGCCCAGUGCACGAGUCGUGUAGAUAUGGGUGUGACGUUACGCCCCGUAUUCUUCAUAGAAAUAGGGUUAUGAUACGAAUAUGGUAUAACUAAGAGAGACUGUGCAAGAUGGGUCUUGUACGAUAUCAGUGGAAAGGUUAUGAUUUACUGAAUGUGUUUAUCCA